UAAAAUUAAGAAGCCGAGGCGGAUCCUGCACCUAUAAAUAAUCCCCUUGCUUUCAACAACUUCUUCAUCGUUAACGAGUUAUAAAAGGAUCAAAAUCACGAACAACAAUUUCCCACAAACCUCGCAUCACUGCAUCAAUGGCUACCAAAGUGUAUAUUGUUUACUAUUCCAUGUACGGACAUGUUGAGAAACUUGCAGAAGAGAUUAAGAAGGGGGCUCAAUCUGUAGAAGGCGUUGAAGCAAAGUUGUGGCAGGUUCCCGAAACAUUACCCGAGGAAGUCCUUGGCAAAAUGAGUGCACCACCAAAGAGUGAUGUACCAAUAAUCACCCCAAACGAACUCUCUGAGGCCGAUGGGUUUGUUUUUGGCUUCCCGACUAGAUUUGGUAUGAUGGCUGCUCAAUUCAAAGCAUUUCUGGACGCAACUGGAGGUCUUUGGAGAACCCAACAACUUGCAGGCAAGCCUGCUGGUAUCUUUUUCAGCACCGGAUCUCAGGGAGGUGGGCAAGAAACUACCGCGCUGACUGCCAUCACUCAACUAACACACCACGGAAUGAUAUUCGUACCCAUUGGUUACACUUUCGGCGCUGGCAUGUUUGAGAUGGAGCAUGUUAAAGGUGGAAGUCCUUACGGAGCUGGAACUUUCGCAGGCGAUGGCUCAAGGAAACCAACCACUCUUGAGUUGGAGCAAGCCUUCCACCAAGGAAAGUACCUCGCUACCAUCACAAAGAAGCUCAAGGGAUCAGCCUAAACUUAAGUUUAUCAUGCCAAAGUUACUGUUUGGAAAACCAUUUCCCAUUUUUUCACCAUUUUGAAUUUCAAUUUCCUUGUAAUAAAUCAUUGGAUUGUUUGGUUUGUGCAUCGUAUUAUGGUACGUGUGCUUCAGAAUA